CUUGGAGCAGGACAGGAUCUUGCGACGUUUCGGAGCGAGCGAGCGUCGAUGGUAUCGGCCAAGGAGGUCGCGCAGGUCGCAGUCUAUGGCGGUCCGCUGGACAAGAAGGGCCGCAUGGGCUGGAAGAAGCGGUACUUCUACCUCACCAUGUCGCAAUGGAUGUACUACGAUGCCACGGACGCGUCGUCGCCGAGCUUUGUCACGAACGCGUCCGAGAUCUCGCUCGUCGAGGAGCUCCAUGCGUCGAUCGAUCCGGCUACGAGCCAGAGCACGAGCAGCAGCUCGUCGUCGUCCAAGGGCUACUGCUUUGCCAUUGUCGUCGGCAAGAAGCGCAGCGAACUCCGCGCCGCAACAGAAGAGGACCGCGACGGCUGGAUCGGCGCGCUCGCUCCGUACGUGAAAGAGACAGCGCCGCUCUCGAGCCCCCACGCCCACCACCCCAAGUCGCGCUCCAAGGCCGAGCUCACCAAGGUCGCCGAGUACCUCAAGCAGCAAGUGGCGUUCCAGAAGAAGAAGCAGUUUACCGCCGACGACGCCACGACGAUUCUCGCCAAGAAGUUCCCAAACCUCGCGCUCACCGAGCUCGAAGCAUGGGGCCAAACGCUGCUCGACGCCAAGUUCAUCAUGACGACGGGCCCGACGACCAAGGACUCGAUCUCGUUUGGUCGGCACCCCGGCGUCUUUACGUGCGACGUCAAGAAGAAGACGACGAGUCGGCUCACGGCCAACGAGCGCUCGCGCAUUAGCGACCUCAUGAGCAGCGCGACGUUUGACGCACGGGCGUACGCCGAGCUCUUUCUGAAGCGGAAUCCACCAGAGAAGAUCCAAGAGCAUUGCGAGAUGCUCUUGGAUCAAAAGGACGCCAUCAUUGAGGAGCUCAAGAGCGAUAUUUGCGCCAACUACGUCACGUUUCUGUCGGCGGCCGCGGAGAUUCGGAGCAUGGACAGCAGCGUCUCGCUCAUGAAGAGUGUCAUCCACGACUGCAAGCGGUCGCUCGCGCAGCUCCAGGCCAUUUCCCUCACGCCAACCAAGCAAGACGUCAAAAAGGCAGCGAGUGCCAGCAGCCAGAGCAAGUUGCUCGCCGCGGUGCCGACGCCGCCGGAUGACAUGCUUCUCGAGCUCGAGCACAGUCUCGAGAUGUUCCUCUUUGAACAAGACUACGACGGCUUUACCUCGCUCGUGCUCGACACGCGAAAGAAUGCACCAUCACUGGCGGCCAGCGCGCUCGUCGACCGAUACACGGCGCAGUUUGUGGACAAGGUGACAACUGCGACAACGGGCCACCAGACGUUCCGCGAGAACCACGUCACCUAUCUGCUCCGGCUGCACGAGACCAAGGCCGCGACCGACAUGUGUUUGGAGGCGUACUCGGCGCGGCUGCACUCGCAGUUGCGCACGGUGGUAGCGUCCGGGCAGCCGCAGGCCUACGUUUUGGCAGCGUCGCGCGCCUUCUUCACGACGCUGCUCAUGUGCUACGAGGACUUUGUCGCGAGCUUCGAGGGCCAGCCUAGCAGCUACUUUGUCGCACUCACGAGCUGGAUCCAUGCCAAUGUGGCGCAGUUUGCCUCGGAAAUCGCCCUGCACAUCUUUGAAUGCCCCGAUGUCGCCAUGGCGUGGGUGGUGCGCGACCCGACCGAGCUCAAGGCUACGUCCAAGGCCAUUGGCGCAAGCCUCCGGCUGCUCUACUUUGGCGCUCGCCAGCUUGAGCUCGCGGGCCUUCCGAUCGCGAAUCAGCUCGCGCACUGUCUCGCGCACCCGCUCCAAGAGCACAUUUUGAGCUACGCCAAGGCCAUCAAGCUCAAGGUCAAGGACGAAGUCAAGCGCGAGCGAUGGGACCUCCUCUCGAUGAAGAUCCGCGACGAGAAGACCCAAGCCGAACACGAGAUUGCGCUCACCAAGAGCGCUCGCUUCUUUUACGGCCAUUUGCAGCAGUACUUGCGCGACCUGCAAAAGCUCCUCCACCCGUCGUAUCCGUCGUCCCAGUCGCCCAAGAUCCAAAUGGCAGUGCUCUACGAGACAGAGCUCGUCCUUCUCCAGUACCUUCAAGACAUCAAGACCAUGUUUGAGAACCCCAAGACGACGACGUCGGUCAAAUACGCCCACGUCGUCGCGAUGCUGUCGACGAUGCGCUACAUUGAGAAGGACUGCGUAUCGCGCGUGCUCUACACUCUCACGGCGUGUCUUCCCGCAACCCAGCUCCAAAAGGCCGACUUUGGCUCCCAAAUUCGCCAGCUAUGGCGUGAGAUGCUGGACGCCAGCGUGCCGCGCAUGGCGCAAGCUCUCUUGCGCAACAGCCUUCGCUGGAACGAGCUCAGCCUCGCGAGCGACGCGCUGCCAUCGAACGGCGCCGCGUCCGCCCUCUUUCUGCCUACGCUCCUCCACGACUUGAACAGCGUGAGCCCGGACCAGCUUGACAUCUUUGGUGACCAAGACGACGUGACAUUGCAGCUGCUCGAGGCGCUGUUGCAGGCCAUGCUGGACGACAGUCCAUGGUGGCAGCUCGUCGAGACCAAGCAAAAGGCGCUCGGGUACGGCGGCACAAGUCGGUGCAUUGCCGAGCUGCGCGUGCUUACGUCGCGGGUCGCGUCGCCGGGCAUCGCUCAAGCCGGCGCGAGCCUCGAGCAAAGGUUCAAGAGCAUGUACAGCCGCGUUGGGACGAAGAAGGAGCUCGCACCCGAUGCGUGGUGCACGCAAUAUGGCCUCGAGAUCACAAAAGACGUCAAGACGAAAGCCUAAUAUCUACUGACGUACUACUCUA